AUGGCAGAGCCAAGUGCCGAUCAUAUGCUUGAUAUGGAUAAAAGGCUUGCUGAGUUGUCUCCUAUACCAUCUGAACGUUGCAUCUUUAGAGUAUAUGAUCCACUGCGCAACGAAAAUAAAAAAGCUUACGAAUCAGAAGUAGUUGCUAUUGGUCCUUAUCACCAUGGUAAUAAUCUACAACCAAUGGAAGAGCGCAAAUUACGCUACUUGAAACAGCUUCUUAACCGAAGAAAUGAAGGUAGUGCGGAAAUAUACAUCGAGGCGAUGCGAGAAUCUGAACAAACAGCACGUGAGUUUUAUGCCGAACCCAUUAGGCUUGACUUAAAUGAGUUUGUAGAAACGAUGCUUCUUGACAGUUGCUUCACCGUUGAGUUGCUUCGCGGGCCUGAGAUGCCAAACGACCCCCUCGUUGAAAAUGCCUUAAUACGUGAUUUAAUGUUAUUUGAAAAUCAACUUCCAUUCUUUAUCGUCAAGAAGUUGUUCGACAUGACCAAAAGUUCUGCAGACUCACUAGAAGACCUCAUUCGCAUGUUCAUAAGGUUUUUUAGCUGGUGGAUAAUAGGUUGCAUGACACCAGUUCAUAAUUUAGUAGCUCCUUCUGUAAUUCCAAGAGAAGAUGACAUCAAAGGAGCUCCUUUUGAAAAUCCGAGAGAAGAUGACAUCAAUCACCUUCUAGGCCUGUUGCAUUAUUGUUGUUGCUACCAAUUUCAUUCAAUGGUAUCCAAAAGAGAUCCUGUUGAAAAAAAAGAUAAGUCCCUAAACUCUGCAACAGAGCUCCAAGAAGCCGGGAUUAAAUUCAAUAAGACUGAGGGAAGGAAUUUGUUCGACAUAAGGUUUGUAAAUGGGACAAUGGAAAUCCCAACUUUAGAAGUUGACGACUAUACAGAGUCUUUUUUCAGAAAUUUAAUUGCAUAUGAGCAAUACCUUCCAUAUACUAAUACUACUUCAAGGAAUCAUUUCACUGCUUAUCGCAAGUUUAUGGAUUACCUUGUGAACACCUCAAAAGAUGUCGAAAUACUUACUCACCGUGGAAUUAUUUUUAACCUUUUAGGUGACAAUGAAGUGGUUGCGGCUAUGAUAAACAAGCUCAGCAACAAUAUCAUAGUAUCUGAUGUAGGUUACGAAGAAGUUUAUAACAAAGUGAAUGAGCAUUGCAGGGGGAAAUGGAACUUCUGGUUGGCAAUCUUAAGACGGAAAUAUUUCAACAAUCCAUGGGCACUCAUCUCGUUUCUUGCUGCUGUUGUGUUGCUUUUGCUCACUGUGUUACAAACCAUAUUACCUAUUCAUCCUGUUGGAAAAUCUAACUAG